CAAUCAGGUGCAGAUCAGAUCGAGGAUCGCCUCUUUUUUUCGGGAAGUCGAGUCGACAGCUGAUCGUGUUCUUUUGAACGAUCCAUCCUGAUCUCAUGAAGCUGCUGGUGAGUUGUGCAGCCUCGACAAAUCAGUGAUCACUGAACAGCUGGACCAUGAGCGUGGCCGAGAUUGCAGACUGCGCAGUCCAGGCGAUAAUCCGGAGGGGUCGGGGCACAUGGACUGCACACUGAGCGAGCUCUAAUGAUAGUGAAGAGACGCGACUUGCCCAGAAAGCAACGGUUGGUGGUCGGAGUGCAGAGAUGGUGGUGGCAGCUUUGGGAUUCGAGGCAGGGCUCGUCGAAUUUCGGGAUCACAAGCUCGAAACCCUAAGAAGCACAGGCUGGGGUGCCGCAUGAGGAAGGUACCUUCGCAGUUAUAUGGUCGAUCGAAGAGGAUAUGAUCAGGGUCGAAAUUAUCGGGUGAUAUACAGAUCAAUGUAGACUGCGCAGAUUUGAGCAUCAGUAGGAGUAGGAAAUUAGAUCUAGAUUGAAUUGGGCCGAGUCGGAGAGAAAAUUCGGAUUGAGCAAUCGACGAGGAUUUUGCAUGAGAUUAAUUGUAUGGAGCGAGCGGAGUGCGUGACGAAUACCCCGACAUGCGCCGUCCAGAAUGCCCAGAAAUACGGACGCCGAGGAUUCGGCUUCGGAAGCGCCUGCCCCGAAACGCGUGAGAAGGGAGCCGGCAUCUCCAUCUGCUAAAGGUGGUGCGCAAGAAGGUGGCUCUCAAUCUCCAGCAGCGAAGAGCAAUCGGGCGUCGGAAAGCAGCGCCGGGGCCAUCGUGAAAGUUGCGCAGACGCAGCUCGCUCGAGUUUCUCCUCCUCCUCCAGCGAGGUCGAAUUUGAGCCUGUUCCGGUGUUUCGGACGACCCGGAACUGCAGCUGCUCCUGCGAAUGGAAAGCCCGGAUCCGCGCUAGCUCUGAUUCAGCGGAACGCCAUCGCUGCGGCCCUCGAGGCCUCGGGUGACGCACCGAGUUUGCCUCAAGCAGCGCACGAAGAUCGUAACCCUAGCGUCACACACGUUUCCACAGAAGCUGCGGCGGGGCAGAAAGAAAUCAGCCAUCGCCCUUCGGAUCCCGUCGCUCACAAGGCAUUGGCAUCGGCAUCGGCAGCAGCAGCAUCGAAAUCAGGACCUUCUCCUCGCAAGGCCGCAGAUCCCGUCGCUGCGGUGGGCGAGAGGAACGCCAAAAAGGACAGGCUCGGGAGCAUCCCUCGCAAGCCCGCCAGCUCUCACGGCACGCCCAAGAAGCAAUCGCCCGCAGGCACGCCGAGAUCACCGUCGCGAGAGCGCAUCGUAGUCGUCCCACCUUCUUCGUCCCAUGCUGCGAGCAACCCGCGAGCCUCGCAGCAAAGCCUUGUUCUUCCAUCGAGCAAACUCGCCAUAGCCUGCGCGUGCCCUAAACCCAAAAGCCCCGUCGGGCAAUCGGGCUCCCAGAAAUCGAAAGUUCAAGCGAAAAUGAGCAGAGCAGGAGGAGAAUCGGGGCCAGUCGAGGAUGAGGAUCCCAUCGGUCUCCGACAGCCUCGACGAGCGGGGAAAGGCCUCAUGACCAGGCCAGGAGGAGGAGGACGAGGAGGUAAAGGUAAAGGCCUCAUGAUCGGACCACGAGGAGAGCGCGUCGGAGGAGGAGGAGGAGGAGAGCGCGACAUUGAGGGCCCUUCAGCUCAACGCGAGAGGAAAGGAAAGAUGGCAGUCAUGGAAUCGGACGAUGUGGAGCCAGCAAUGGGAGACAUAAUUCUGCGCAAUAGACCGACGAGGGACAACGACGAUGACCAAACGAGUAAGCCGAAGAUGAUCACCUUCUAUUACGACCGCCGAGAGACUGUGUUCAAAAAGUUCGACCACCUGCUUCGCCAUAGAUUCGCCUACAAUCCUGCGUCCGAUAAGAUGGUGCUCGUGUCCACUCUCUAUCGCUACUUGCCGGGCCGUGUGUCGGACGGGGACGGCGAGCGACUCCGCUGGAUUCACAUCGACAACGCCAAGAAAUCGCUGCGCAUGUUCAGUCAGCAACCGUACCGACCACCAUUCGCAGACAGCUUCAGGUUCGAAGGUCUCGAGAGAAAUUCUACAGCCGCCGGGGUUGUCAUCGAUAGUUAGAGUCUGCCACCGACCACUUCCUUCAGCUUGAAGGAAGUCGGUCUCGGACUCCGCUCCGAUUGUCCAUUCUCGUACAGCAGCAGCAGCAGAUUCGAUCACAGCUCGACUGAAAUUCUUUGAGGGACGGCAUCAAUUCUCAAGGGACGGUCUUCAUCUGAAACUCCGAGCAGUGUGGGUGAAAGUCCAAUUGCCCAAGGGGCCUCACGCACUCACAGGCACAUGUGAAUCAGCGACGAGCUCACUUCUACGGUGGGUGGAUUCACACAGAGCAGGUCCGAACCUCGUGCUGAGCACUUCGUCCUUGCUUCCGGUCUCGAACAGCAAUUGAAGUCUGCAGGCACAGGUACUUCCACCUUUUCCGAUUUCAAUUUCAGUAAAACUCACAUGAAACUCCGUAUCAGUGAAUCAUCGUGACAUGAUUCACUGUCAAGUCCAGUUCAGGUUUGAUGCACUGCGCUGGACUUUUGCGUUCUCAGAUCGUCCCUGACAUGACUCAGAUGUCAGACUGUCUCUGAAAAUGUCCGUAAUUGUUGAAUACUCACGACCACGGCAGUCAUUCUGCUUCCUUUUCAAACUAAUGUGAUCCUUAUUUCCAGCUUCCUCCGAAUUUAGGAUAAUAGUGAUAAAUUGCUCGUACUGCAUCCAAGAUACAGUCCGUUGAUAAGAUGCAACACUUGCCAUCUUUUCUAACAAUUUCUACAGACUUCAGUUUUAUAGACUAAUUGUUAGAUUGAGACGAUUUCCGAAAAUAUCCACCACUGAGUAAAACAUUUUAU